AUGGAGAAAUUACUGGUGUUCUUGCUCGUAUGCGCAGCUGCUCUAAUGGAAGGUUUCAUGGCCAAGUCUCUUCCUUACGAUUAUUCGGCAAGCGUCGAGUGCUUGGCUGAGCCGCUGGAGCCUCACUACGGCGGCGGCGUCAUCGUCAACCCGGACUUCAACUCCGGCCUUCAGGGCUGGUCGUCCUUCGGGUACGGCAGAGUCGCCGAGGGCGCGUCGGUGGCGACGGGGAACCGGUACGCCGCGGCGGUGAACCGGACGCGGCCGUACCAUAGCGUCAGCCAGAAGGUGUACCUGCAGAACGACACGCACUACACUUUGUCAGCCUGGUUUCAGGUGAGCAAUGGCAGCGCCGCCGCUGUACGGGCGGUCGUUAAGACCGCCGAUGACUUCGUUCACGUCGGCGGGGUCGUGGCCAAGCCCGGGUGCUGGUCCAUGCUCAAGGGCGGGCUCACCUCCGGCAAGGCCGGACGCGCCGAGCUCUACUUCGAGAGCAACGCGACGGUGGACAUAUGGGUGGACAGCGUGUCGCUGAAGCCGUUCAGCAAGGAGGAGUGGUCGGCGCACCGGACCGAGUCGACCCGCGCCACUCGCCGGAAGACGGUGAGGCUGCAGGCGUCGGACUCCGCGGGCAACCCGCUGCAGGGCGCGGAGGUGUCCGUGGAGAACGUGCGCACCAGCUUCCCGCUGGGCGCCGCCAUGAGCGGCGAGAUCCUGCACAACGCGGCGUACCAGCAGUGGUUCACCUCCCGCUUCACCGUCACCACCUUCGAGAACGAGAUGAAGUGGUACAGCACGGAGCCGGCGCCGGGGCGGGAGGACUACACGGUGGCGGACGCGAUGCUGGCGCUGGCGAAGCAGCACGGCAUCGGGGUGCGCGGGCACAACGUGUUCUGGGACGACCCCAAGCAGCAGCCGCGGUGGGUGCAGUCGCUGCCCUACACGGAGCUGCUGGCGGCGGCGUCGCGCCGGAUCCGGUCCUUCGUGUCGCGGUACGCCGGGCAGCUCAUCGCGUGGGACGUGGUGAACGAGAACCUGCACUUCUCCUUCUUCGAGCGGCAGUUCGGGUGGGACGCGUCCACGGCAUUCUACGCGGCGGCGCGGCUGCUGGACGCCGGGUCGUCGCUCAUGUUCAUGAACGACUUCAACACUCUGGAGCAGCCCGGGGACAUGGCGGCGGUGCCGGGCAGGUACGUGGACCGGCUGAAGCAGAUCAUCGCGUCGUACCCGGAGAACGGCGCCGGCAUGGCCAUCGGGCUGGAGGGCCACUUCACCACGCCCAACAUCCCCUACAUGCGCGCCGCGCUCGACUCCAUGUCGACGGUGGGCAUCCCCGUGUGGCUGACGGAGGUGGACGUCGCCGGCGGGCCGAUGCAGGCGCAGCACCUGGAGGAGGUGCUACGGGAGGCGUACGCGCACCCGGCGGUGCAGGGGGUGAUCCUCUGGUCGGCGUGGCACGCCCAGGGCUGCUACGUCAUGUGCCUCACCGACAACAACUUCAAGAACCUGCCGCAGGGGGACGUCGUGGACCGGCUGCUCGCCGAGUGGAGGACGGCGGCGCAGACCGGCACCACCGACGAGCAGGGGUACUUUCAGGCGGAGGUCGCGCACGGCGAGUACAAGGUCACCGUCAGCCACCCGUCGCUCAAUACGUCCGUCUCGCAGAGCGUCACGGUCGAGCUGGGCUCCGGGAAUCACUUCUUCAUCCAGGCUUAA